AUGAUAUUAGAUAGUGUACUGUUUUCGGCUACCACUAUACAUUUAGACCAUAUGAUGACUGCGCUUAAUUGUCUAACACCUUUUGGUCAACGCGACGAUGUGAUCAUAACAAUUGAUCGAGACGGGCUCUCCUUUGCUUGUGAAAAUAAUCAUUCUAUUAAGAUCCAAUUAUUUCUGUCAAAGGAGUUAUUUCAAUACUAUAACUAUCGCGGCGAUGCCGAUGGCGAAGACGAAGACUCUCAUGUUAAAUUAUCGAUGAAAGUUAACCAUAUAUUAGAUACAGUGAGUGUAGCCAAUAGAGACAAAGAUGAUGUUAUGGAAUGCACUUUAUCGUAUAAUGGGGAUGGAUACCCAUUUGUCAUUAUACUGGAAGAUAGCAUGAUUACUGAAAAAGUUGAAUAUUCCACCUACUUGUUGAAUGAUAUUGAUAGUACGGGCCUGGAGCUGGACAGGACGCGACUCGACUUUGAAUGUAUUAUUAAAGGUGACAUCUUGCAUAGUGCGUUGAAAGAUUUAAAAGAGAUAGGCUGUAAAGACUGUUAUAUAUACACUGUGACAAAUACUCAUACACGCCCUAUAUUUGCAUUGAUUUCCAAGAGUCAACUAGGCUUCUCUAAGAUUAUUUUACCAAGUGAAAGGUCGAUAUUGGAAAAACUUGAAAUCUACGAUAGCGACUCAACUACCAUAGUUCAUGACUCGCCAGUAAUUGGAAUGUUUGAUUUUUCCUCUCUCGACAAGUUAAGAUUAAGCACCAAAAUUGCUAGCAAAGUAUUGAUUAGACGAGACGUACACGGACUUUUGACCAUAAAUAUUUUGAGUCAAACCAAUGACGUCUUAAUGGCCGAUAAAAAACCGGCUACUGCAAACAGAAACAAUCUACCUAUCGAAUAUCCGGGAAUUGUGAUUGAAGUCUCACUGUUGGAAAAAGCUGCCGCUGAUGAUGUCGAUGUAAGAGAUAUUCAUCUUCUAAUGACAACGUCAACGACACAGAAGAUUACAUUAUCUAAAUGUACUGCAGCCGAAGGUUCCCACAUAUCAAACGUUGAAAAGGAUUCUGAAAACCUCCUUGGAUUCAAGAAACCUACAAAUGUAUCCGCUCAAGAGACGAACACCGACGAUUCCUACCAUCCAGCACCCUCCACCAACAUUCCUCUCUUCUUCUAA